GUCAGUUAUUCACACUCACUCGCUGAGAUGGAUAGAUUAAGAGUUACUGCACUUAUAUAUGUUUUAUUGUUCAGUCAGACAAUAAUCUAUGGAGCAGAUGUCGAGAUAAAGGUCAGACCAGGAGACAACGUCACUCUUCACUGUGACCGUCCUUUAACUGGUGGUUUGGGCAUUGUGUGGAUAAAAAACAGUUCUUAUGUAAAUCAAUCCUCUCUCAUAAUAGAUUACCGGAAAUCGCAUUUAGAGACCUUCAGACGUUUUAGUUUUCCUAAAAACUCCAACAUUAAUUCUUUUGAUCUACAUAUUACUAACAUUACAAUCUUUGAUCUGGGACUGUAUUACUGUGCUGAAUACGAGAAAAAGUUCAAACAAGACGAAAAAGGCAUGUACCCAUUUGAAGUGUACUAUUAUGGAAACCGAACAACUCGUCUUUCUCUUGCUGUAACAUCAUGUUCUGGACCGUCCAGCAGCACCGUCUCUCCUCCUCCUCCUGUAUCAGACUGUUUCCUCUGCUGGAUGCUGCUGGUCAGUGUUUGUGUUGUGUGUUUUCUCCUCUGCUUCAUCUGUGUCUUUUGCUGCUGUCAAAGGAAAACAACAGAUGGUGGAACUGUUAACAGAGAAAAGAUAAAAAGCAGAAAUACUUGUGAGGGUAAUGAUGAUGAUGUGUGUUAUGCUUCUUUGGAUGUGAAAGCCAGAAGACUGAAACAACCCAAAAAGAAACAACAGCAGAGUUCAGACUUCAGUAUUUAUGCUCCGGUCAAAACAGACAAAAUACAAAACUUCUGAUGAGGAAUCUGAUGAACUUUCUGAUGGUUAAAAAAGAUGAAUGUGCCAUUAUAUUUAAAACCUUGUGUCUGAAGCAAUUAUUUCAUGUAUAAAUUUAAAACAAAAUCAUGCAGAUACUUAGUCGAAAUUAUUUUACUUUAGCGGGCAUAAUACUUCAUCUGAAGAGACAUUGCAAUUUAAAUGAUAUACAACUCGUCACAUGAUUGGUCCUCAGUGUCUGUGCGGAGGUGAGCUGAUUACAUCAUGCUCCAGUAUAUUGCAGUGGUCUUUCUCUGAUAUACUGACUUUGUGUGGUAGGCCAUAGCAUCUGACCCUGAUCAGAGAUAAUAUAUGGGACAAAAGUGAAAUGGCUUUUUUUUCUCUGUGUUUUGUGUGUCACUGGCCUUUGUUGAAGCAAAUCGUGAUGACAUGAAUAACAGGAUGUUGGUUACCUGUGUGCAGUAGUUUAUAGUACUGUAUUUAUAUUUCAUCUAGAUAUAAAGCUAGGAACAUUUAUCAUAUAUUUUUACAAUACAUUUUUUUUACAAAAAUGUUGAGAGCUUGUAAGCAUUCUGGGCCGGUUAAAUAGGUAAAGCUUUUGGUAAAUGUAAGAUUGACCACCGACCCUUUAAAUUUUUUUUAUUAAUAUAAGUAUAUCAUUUUCAUUCUUUUCCUGUAAUGCCUCAGAAAUCUUAAAAUGUAUUUUUUGACAUAAUUUCACAAGCUGUGUUUUUUGGCCAGGGUCUUUCAUUUUCAGUCAUAUAGACAAUCUUAACCACAAAUGUUUCCACUGAAGUUCAGCUCAUAAUGUACAAGACAGAAAUAGACUUGAAAUUGUGUGCGCUUGUUUAUAUGUAUGUGGUCAGUUUGUGGUAAAGUUGUUUUGUAUGCAUGAUGUGUCUGCAGCUUUCCUGUACACUCUCACAUUUACUUGAAAAUGAAACCAACUGUGUGUGUAUAUGCCUAUAGGGCUCAGGUCAUUGCAGUGUAACCACAGUUAAGGUUAAAACACAACAUAUAAUACAGUUAAGGUUAAUCCACAAGGACUGUACAACUGUACAAAUUAAAUGCGUCUGCAAAGUUACUCAGUUUAUAAUAAAUUAUUAUUUUACCUGUCGCAUGCAUGCACAUUUUUAUUUAUAUAAUGGGUAGUCAGGGACUAGAUUGAAAUAUGAAAUAUGGAGAUUUUCCACAUCUAAA